CGCAUAUAAAUUUAUGCGUAUUUGGCUAGUGACAGCCAAACUAUACAUUCUGGGGUCCUCUAGGUACCUAUGCAUUAGGGCAUUACCUAGACCCCGAAGACCUCUAGUGCCUCCCUUGACGAUCGCCAUGUCCUUGUGGAUCAAACUGACUGUGCAGCACCUGCGCCGUACCUGAGAACCGCCGCAGUCCAUUCAUCACAAUAAUAAUAAUAAUCCACUGUAUAAUCCAAGCUUCACAUACACGUCUCCAUGUCGCCAACAACGACGAUCUGCAGUACCGCAGUUGACGAUAAUUGUCCAUAGGAAUUCUGAUCCCACCGCCUCACUAGAUAUCUUCACAUCAACAUGAUCGUUAUCUAGUCAUCAUCUCCUCCCCUCAUCACCUCGCAUCGAUUUGAGCAAAAAGACGCCGCCCUUUUUCCUACGUGUGGUCCUUUACAUCCCUCAGACACCCAUUUACACCAUGGUCGGCAAGAAGAGUGGAAAGGCUCUCCUUCGAGAGGAGGGCCUCGAAAGGACCGACAACAACAUGGAGCUCACCUCGUGGCCACAGAUCAUUCCUAUUAACCAGAAAAACUACUACACGGAAUAUCUCAAACGCGACGAACAGAUUCUUGCAGUCAGGUCGCAGCAGGAAGAAGCUCGCAACAAAAUGAUCAAGCAAGCAAAAGACCGAGAUCGAGCGUUAGCCCAAGGAAGAAAUGUUGGACCGGAUGGGGACAUUGAGAUGGAAGACGGUGAGGAAGACAACGAGGACGAAGCCUCAAGUGGCGCCAAAACUAUUGUGAUCCAUCUCGGCUCCCAGAACAUGAGAGUCGGUCUGGCCAACGACGCCCUCCCAAAGACUGUACCUAUGGUCAUCGCCCGCCUCGCACCCCAGUCCGAAAGCGAAUUGAACGAUGGAGAGCCGGCGCCUAAAAGAGCAAGAUUGAGUAACGGUCAAACGCCCCAUGAACCUGAAAAGCGAUUCGGAGAAGAAUUCGCAAAGACGUUUUCGGAAAUGUCUAAUGGGUUGAAGACGCGAAUGAGAAUGAACAAGAGAAAGGUUUUGCCCCAAUCACGAGAAAUGGUCACGAGCUAUAACAGGAGAAAUACCUACGAGACCAUCACCGACUUCAACGACACCAUGCGAAUCGACUGGACCGAUGUUUCUCAGAAGCCCAAGUAUGUCACGGGCAAGGCGGCUUUACGAAUUCCCGAUCUCUCCGAGCCAAGGUACAGGCUCCACUGGCCAAUUCAGAAUGGCUGGAUCAACGAACGAGACUACAACUCGAAGCGAUUCCUGUACGACGACCUGCAGCUCAUAAUUGAGGACGCGAUCAAAGACCAGCUCGAACUCAAGCUCCGGACACGCGAAGACUGGGCGCAGUAUAGCUGCGUGCUGGUCAUUCCCGACUACUAUGAGAGGACUUAUGUGACAGGCCUGCUUGACAUGGCCAUCACCGAGUUUGGGUUCGGCCGCGUUUGCUUCAUCCAGGAAAGCCUGGCUGCCUCAUUCGGCGCGGGGUUCACAACUUGUUGUAUCGUCGACAUUGGUGCGCAGAAGACGUCCAUCUCAUGUGUGGAAGACGGCAUGAUCAUCGACAAUUCGCGAGUCAAUCUCAAGUACGGAGGCAGAGACAUCACCGAAGCAUUCGUCAAGAUGAUCAUCCACAACCACUUCCCCUACUCAGAGCUCAACCUGAAUCGUAGAUACGACUUCCAACUCGCCGAAGAAUUGAAACAGAAAUUCCUGACCAUGACUGAGGCCGACGUGUCGGUCCAGCUGUACGACUUCCAUCUGCGAGCACCGGAUCAAGAAACUCGAAAGUACACGUUCAAAAUCUACGACGAAGUGUUCCUGGCGCCCAUGGGACUCUUCAGGCCGAACAUCUUCGACAAUAGCGGCAAAUUGGCCGGUCGACGAAAGUUGGUGGACAAGUCGUACGACAUCUACGAUGGCAGGCCUAACGAUCCCAGCUCGACAGCACAAGCUGAAAUUCUGUCAGCCAUUGCACCGGAAGAGGUGUUGACGUCGACUUUGAAGCCCAAUGGCAAGGCGAACGGGGUCGUCAAUGGUCUCAAAGAAGACUCGACGGUGGAGUCUCGCCGGCCCUCGUUUAGCAACAUCAAGGAGAUGGACGCCACUCCUCAGCCAUCGACAGCGAGUUCUCCAGCCCGCGUUGUCGACGGUACUCCGCAACCUGAUGAGGCGGAAGGAGGGGUCGCUCGAGACGAGAAGCCUAAAGUGGAAGAAGUGGUUGAAGAAGAGCCCUUGUCGAUUGAACGACGUGAUGACGUGCUGCCCAUCUAUCCACUUCCUCAGGCGAUUGUGACAUCCAUCACACACGCUGCGCGUGGCUCACCUCAGAAGACCAGCGAUCUCCUUUCGGGCAUCAUGCUGACAGGAGGCACCAGCAUCAUUUCGGGUCUAAAUCAACAUCUGGAGGAUACACUGCGAGGGAUACUGCCAGGAUACAGCAAGGACAUCAUGAUCGGACGGCCACCGAGAGAGCUGGAUCCUCAGGUGGUUGCAUGGAAGGGGGGAGCCGUGUUUGGAAGGAUGAGCCGGACCAACGAUUGUUGGAUCAACGGCUUUCUGUACGAAAGACUGGGAGAGAGGAUCUUGGCCCAUAAACUGUUAUGGGCAUGGUAAAUUGAGAAAAAGAAUGAGAGAUGAUAUGAUUAGAGGAGAUACAAAUUACAGCUAUCUGCUGGAAAACUCAUUUGCCUCGUUAAAGUCCUUGUUGUACAGUCUGAACCUAGAAUGUCGCAAAGCAAAACAGACUCAAAAUUAAGCGC